UUUAUGCUUAACUCGUGUGCUGCUGGAAUGCUCUGCUGGAAACACACAGUUGCAAACACCCAACAGCAUAACUUGAUGUUUGACCACUCCCAGGGAGACUUCUUGCGAUAACAGACUGCAAUCCAGCCCAGCCAAAAUUUCCAGUAUCUCAACACAGAAACAGUCUAAGGACCCAACUACUUCAUCCUGCAAUGAACAAUGUGACAUUACAUUUAAGUUGGACCACCUUAAGAACUAGCUGUUUACCACCAAGGACUUGGCUUAACCGUUGAUAAACUUAGUGCCUAUUGAUGAGCCCUCUCAUGUUAGGAGGAACCUGGAGGGAGGCCCUGUAGUCGACCUACUAGCGAUGAAUGAGGAAGAGAUCGCAACCACAUCCCCAAUACAACUUUUGGAACCUAGGAGGGGUAACAACACACCCCCUCCACAAGAACUGUCCUCUAACCUAAAAGUCCCAGUGCAGACUAUGACCCUGGAUAUUGGUGGUGAUCCAGAUUUGCUUACAACAUCUUGACAACUACAUUUGUUAUCCUGGAACAUUAUGGGGUGGUCAAAUAAAUUCCAUGAUGCAGACUUUGCAAUGUAUUUGCAAACAUUUAGAAUAAUUUGUCUGCAAGAGACAUGGGCUGAAGAAGCUAACUUACCUUCUCUUUAUGGUUUUAGAUCAUUCUCAGUUCCAGCUGUAAAAACAAGUUCUAAAGGUCGAGGCAGUGGUGGCCUCACUACACUUAUCUCAGUAGAACUGCAAGUCGACAUCCAACCCUUGGUUAGUACCCACCCUCAAUGCAUACAGGCCCUUCUCAUUAAGUGCAAGCAUUUUGGUGGUUUAAUUUGUAAAAAUGUUUAUUUUCCACCUAGACUACCAAAAAAUGGAGGCCCUAACAAUGUUUGGUCUAGCCUAUCCGAAACCCUUACGCUAUUAGAAAAUCAAUACCCCUCCACAAAGGUUCUUCUGUGUGGAGACUUCAAUGCCAGAAUUGGGGCAGAAUUGAAACAGGUGGAGGGCACAAAUUUUGGACAAGUCUUCCAGGUUACACCUGCUGCCAGGGUUUCACAAGACUCAAACAGCAACAAAUCAGCAAACAAAAUCAGAGCAAGACUGAUUGCGGACAUUGCAGUCGACUGCGCCGGAGAUGCUUUUAUCUAGUUUUUAACAUGACUGAUAUUUUAUAUUGGCUUUUUACUGGUUAUAUUUUGCAAGCUCUGUUUUAUACUCCAGGCACCGUGGUUUUAACUGUGGAAGUUUACAGGGUUUCUACAGAUGCUUGGUUGAUAUUUUUACAUAUGUUUUUUAAAUGACUGAUUUUAUACAUUGGCAUUUUACCGGUAAUUGUGCAGUCCCCAGCACAUGUUGCACUUGUGCUGCUGCACCACACAAUGUAUAGUUUGCAUGUUCUGUUUUAUCCUGCUUGCAUCCUACUUUUAAGUGUUGAAUUUUACAGUGUUUUGUAUAGACGUUUGUUUGAUGUUGUUUCUGUAAAUGCAUAUGACCAUUGGUCGGAGCAUUAAU